AUGCAAUCCAAAAUAGAUGAGACCGAUUCAUUGAAAAUAUGCAUUGCCAGGCUUGAGGUCGAAAAUGCUGAACUUAGAAAGAAGUUUGCUGAAAUUAAAGCCAGGAAUGCUGAGCUUAAGGCCAGAAUUGCGAAAUUGGAAGAUAAUCAAACACAGAAUGAAUUAAUAAAAAAUCAAAUACUACCCAAAAGUCUUGUCAAGAGAGCGUGUGAGAGACUCUUGCACCAUUUUAAAGACUCUGUUCCAUUAGAAUCUAUUUCCAGAAAGUCUGAACGAAUUGAAUCUUAUUUGAGGCACACAUUAGAGAUUUAUGAGAAUUCGUUAAAUAGGAGACGCAAGAAUAUGGUUCAGGAAAAAGUAUUACGUCCUCGAAGCUGGCCAGAAUGUAAUGUAUCUCCAGCAUUACCGACUAUACAUGUUACAGAUAAUGGGACCCAAACUAUUAAUAUCACUUGUGAUCAUGAAGAAGAGAAUAAUCGCUGGGUUAUAAACGAACUUAAAGUGUUCUGCCAGCAUUUCCUUGAUUAUAAUAAAAGAACUUUCGAAAAAUUCAUGCAAGACAUAGAAAGGGAAUAUAGAGAGCAGAUUAGUACAAAUAAGAAAUUGCGAUGUGAGAAUGAGGAUCUGAAGAUGCAGUUGCAGGAGGCGGAAAAAAAGCUGGCAUCUAUGAAGUCAGAUUCUUCUCAUUAG